AUGAGGAGAGAGAAACCGUCGACGGUGGCAGAGACGAAAGGAGAGGGAGAGAUGUCGGCUGCAGACGGUUGGAUGCCGAUUCGGUGUGCGAAUGCAGGAAUGGGCGGUCGACGAAAACGUGCGGAUGGCGUCUGUGUUCGUCGGGUGAAGAAGCUGAAGAGAGAAGAAGAAGAAGAAGAAGAACGGCGUUGUACUGCAGAUCUAAAAGGCUUGGCUGUAUACACCUUAAACCUUGCCCAUACAAAUGCUCGCAAAUCUUUGACCUUAGCCAAUUCACUUGCAACAACCACCACCAAUCCUCAACUUAAGCAACGAUAUUCGUCUUGUGCUGAGAGCUAUGAUGAAGCUGUUGGUGACAUUGAAAAUGCCCAAAAAGACUUGGCACUUGGUGACUUUAAUGCUGUCAAUAUUGUAACUUCUAGUGCCAUGACAGAGAUUGACGACUGUCAGGAUAAGUUCGCGCAGCCGCCGAAGGAUACGUCGUUGCUUUUAAAGAAUGGCAAGACUCUAAACGAUAUAUGCAAUAUUAUUUUGGUUUUAUCCAAUCUUCUUUGA